AUGUCUUCGAAAUUGUUCCGAAAACUGAGUUUCGGAAUUCAAAAAACCAAAAAAUCUAAACUUCGCCCACAAGAAGAAACCCGUUUGGAAAUCUCCCGAAUUUCACAAGAAAAUCUCGAAAAAUAUGAUGAGUUUCGCGAAAAAACGAUAGGAAAAAUUGAGAAAAAAUCACAGAAAAAAGGAAAGAAUUUUGAACAAAAAGAAAAUGAAGAUGUUGGAAGCCCGGAAGAGGCAAGGAAAAAUCUGGAAAAAUUACUUGGCGAAAUUCGACGAGCGAAUCGAAUUUUCACGUGGGGCGAAAAUAUUCCCGAUAUUAUUUUGAGAUUUGGAGCAGAAGAGGGAUUCGAAAAAUCGAUAAUUGAAAAAUUGAAAGAGGCAAAUAUUGAAAAACCGUCACCGAUUCAAAUGCAAUCGAUUCCAUUGAUGAUGAAAAGAAGAAAUGUGUUGAGUAGUGCACCAACUGGUAAGAGAAUUGGGAAGAGAGCGGGAAUGAGAACAUUUGGGGAUAUAAAUUAGACAGCUUUUAAAAAAUACCGUGAAAAAUGAAGAAUUUUGAACUGACAACUUUUAAAAAUUUUUAAUUAUCUAAUAUUCUAAAUCUGUGAAAUUGAGCGAAUUUAUUUUCGGAAAAUCUAGUAAAACACUGAAAAUGUUCAUCUUGGAAACAUACGUUUCAAAAAAUCAUUUUAUAAAUUUUCGAGAAUAAAAAUAUGUUUUGCUCCACUAACAAUGUUUUAACUCAAACUAUAUUUUCCCAGGUUCCGGAAAAACACUUGCCUUUGCCCUUCCAGUCAUCGAUGAAAUUCUGAAACUCAAAAAUCGCUCGGAAUCUGCGAAAAACAAACUUUUGGCGAUCAUUUUGGAACCUACUCGAGAAUUGGCAAAUCAAACGUUUAGCGAAUUUCAGAAAUAUUCGAAUGGAGAAAUCGAGUGUUGUAAUUUUAGUGGAGAGGAUGAAGAAUUUGAGAAAGGUAACAGAACCCUACUUAUAAUUCCUCGAUAUCGCUUAUUUUUCCAGCUGAAAUACUAAUCUCUACUCCAAAUCGAAUCGUUUUUCAUCUCGAAAAAUUGGACUUGAGUCAUCUUCGAUGGCUUGUUGUUGAUGAAUCUGAUCGACUCUUCGAAGUUGUCGAAGGAAAUGAGAAAUGUUUUCGAAAUCAGUUGGCUGCAAUUUAUAAGGCUUGUGAGGCAAAAUGUACAAGAACUGCCUUUUUUAGUGCCACGUUUUCGCAGGAAGUUGAGAAAUGGUAUGUUUUGGGUGAAAAUUCACUGAAAAGCGUGGAAUUUUGAGAAAUGUUCAUUUUUCUAGUGAAAACGGGAACUUUAGCCUUACAAUAUUCCGCAUUUACACCUCACAUUAUUUUUCAGGUGUAAAGAAAACAUUGAUAAUAUCGGAAUGGUUUGCGUCGGUGAACGGAACUCUUCAAACACCCAUGUAAAACAAGAAUUGAAAUAUUGUGGAACAGAAGAUGGCAAAAAAGUUGCGAUCAAACUUUUGCUGAAAACUCAAUUCAAACCACCUGCUUUAGUUUUUGUGCAAAGUAAAGAUCGAGCUGCUCAACUUGUCAAAUUGUUAUCAGCGAUUGAUGGAAGUUUGAAAGUUGAUUCGAUCAAUAGUGAUAAAAGUGAUAAAGAGGUGGGAUUUUGGAAGAAUUUUCAGAGCGUCGAAUUUCUGGGAUUUAUUAUUAAAUUCACUCUAUAAAUUAUAUUUGGCUUGAAAACUCUAGAUGUUUCCAAUUGAAAAUAAAACCAGUUGAAUUUUAUGUGUAGGAAUUCAGGUUAAAAUAUCUAAUUUUAUUUCAGCGCGAUGAAACAAUGCAACGAUUCCGAAAUGGUGAAAUUUGGGUUCUCGUCUGUACUGAAUUAUUAGGUCGUGGUCUAGAUUUGUCCGAUGUUGGCCUAGUUAUCAAUUAUGAUCUACCUACCUCAAUUGUCAGUUAUAUUCAUCGAGUUGGACGAACUGGGCGAGCUGGAAAUCGGGGAAAUGCGGUGACAUAUUUCACGGAUUCUGAUAUACAAUAUGUGAAAAGUAUUGCAAUGGUUAUUAGGCAAAGCGGAUUUGAAGUACCACAAUAUUUGUUGGAAAUGAAGAAAGUUUCGAGGUUGGUGGAAAGAGAAAAUAUUCGAAGAAUUAUUCACCGAGUAAUAUAUCAAUAAAACAAAAAACAACUUUGAAUAAUCAAUAGUUUCUCACUCAAAUGCGAUUUCCCAGAAUCCCGUCUCAAACACAAAUUUCCCAAAAUUCUCCCAUUUUUCCAGAGACAAACGGAAAGAUUUGCUCAAACGGGCUCCAAAACGCCACAAAAUUGCUGUGGUGAAAAAAGUGGCGAAAAAGAAGAAGAUGAAGAAAACUGUUAGAACUAAUGAAUAG